AUGAUAACAGAGGCAGAAAAGUUGAUUGCAGAUGGCCCUCAACAAAUGAAUAACUUGUGUCUCGGCGGUUGUGGUCCCAAGAAUUACUUGUCUAGCUACAAGUAUGGAGUUGCAUGUGGACAAAGAUGUGGGGAACAUUGGCCUUUAUGGCUUGGGGGCGUUGGCAAGACAACUCUCUUGACCAAACUCAACAACAAGUUCAGCACCACACCGAAUGUUUUUGAAGUUGUUAUAUGGGCGUUUGUGUCUAAAGAUUCCGAUGACUCAUGGAAGAAUAAAAGUGUUGAUCAGAAAGCUCCAGAUAUCUAUGGGGUGUUGCGCAACAAGAGAUUUAUUGUAUUAUUGGAUGAUUUAUGGGAGAGGGUGGAUUUGAACCAAGUUGGGAUACCAAAACCAAGCCAAGAAAAUGUUUCUGAACUUAUUUUUACUACUCAGUCUUCGGAGGUAUGUGCUGAAAUGGAAGCUCAAAAGAAAAUCAAAGUGAAGUGCCUGGAAACGGAAAAGGCUUGGGAAUUGUUCCGAGACAAGGUUGAAGAUGAAACUCUCAAUAGCCAUCCAGAUAUUCCAAAUCUAGCUAAACAAGUAGCUGAAAGAUGCGGUGGACAGCCUCUUGUACUAAUUACAAUCGGUAGUGCCAUGGCUUGCAAGAAAACACUUGGGGAAUAGAAAUAUGCAAUUGAGAUGUUGAAGCCAUGUGCACUGCCAAAAUUAGAAAAUGAGGUAUUCCCGCUUUUAAAAUUCAGUAUGAAAUGUUGCCUCCUAUAUUGUUGUUUGCAUCCCGAAGAAUAUUGUAUUCCCAAAAAGAGACUAGUGGAGUAUUGGUUUUGUGAAGGGCUAUUGAUUGAAUUUGAUAGAAUUAGUGAAGCUCAAAUGCAAGGAGACAACAUUAUCAACUCUCUUCUGAAUGCUUGUUUAUUGGAAAAUGGUGGAGGAGAUUGUGUGAAGAUGCAUGAUGUGAUCCGUGACAUGGCUUUAUGGACUACACGCGAGUUCGAAGCAAUAGAGAAUAAUUUUUUUGUAAAAGCAGGGGCCCAAUUAUUUGAAGAACUGGAUGUUAAGGCAUGCGAAAGUGUAAAAAGAAAGUCUGUGAUGCAAAAUAAGAUUAAAGUUCUCAACGAAA